AUGGACAGUCACUCAGCAGGGCUUGGUGGAGGACACUUCAUGACCAUCUAUAACGCGACCACCCAGCAGUGUACUGUAAUUGAUGCAAGAGAAGUAGCUCCGAAAGCCGCCACUGAAGACAUGUACAGGAACAGAUGGAAUGAUAGUCGCACGGGCUGGAGAGCUGUUGCGGUACCAGGUGAACUGCAUGGAUUGUGGACGGAAUUCGAGAAGUACGGUAGCAAGAAAAGUUUCCUGGAGCGAUCUCAUUCAGCCAACAAUCGAACUGCUCGAAGAAGGAUUUCCAACAUCGCACGCUUUGGCAAAAGCGUUGGAGCGAAGAGCUGA